GAUGGAGCUGCCGGUGCGGGAUGGCUGGUUCCGCGAGACGUGCAGCCUGUGGCCCGGCCAGGCCAUGUCCCUGCAGGUGGAGGAGGUGCUGCACCACAGCAAGAGCCCUUUCCAGGAGAUCCUGGUGUUCCGGAGUAAGACUUAUGGGAACGUGCUGGUCCUGGACGGAUUAAUCCAAUGCACGGAGAGAGACGAGUUCUCCUACCAAGAGAUGAUCGCAAACCUCCCUCUCUGCAGCCACCCCAAUCCACGCAAGGUCCUCAUCAUCGGAGGAGGGGACGGCGGAGUCCUUCGUGAGGUGGUGAAACAUCCAUGCGUGGAAUCCGUAGUACAAUGUGAGAUUGACGAGGAAGUCAUCAGCGUCUCCAAGAAGUUCCUCCCAGGGAUGGCAGUGGGGUACUCCAGUCCAAAGCUUAAGCUGCAUGUCGGCGAUGGCUUCCAGUUCAUGAAACAGAACCAAGAUGCUUUUGAUAUCAUCAUUACAGACUCCUCCGACCCUGUAGGUCCUGCCGAGAGUCUCUUUAAAGAGUCUUAUUACCAACUGAUGAAGACGGCGCUGAGAGAGGGCGGGAUCCUCUGCUGUCAAGGUGAAUGUCAGUGGCUGCACCUGGACCUCAUAAAGGACAUGCACAAGUUCUGCAAAUCUCUCUUCCCUACGGUAGAAUACGGUUACUGCACCAUCCCGACCUACCCCAGCGGCCAGAUCGGCUUCAUGCUGUGCAGCAAAAACCCUAAUACAAGUUUCCGGGAGCCGGUACGGCAGUUGUCUCAGGAGCAAGUUGAUGAAAUGAACCUGCGAUACUAUAAUUCCAGUAUCCAUCGAGCAGCCUUCGUCCUCCCAGAGUUUGCACGGAAAGCACUCAGCGAUGUGUGACGUUCCCAGCAAGGCUGGCGCUUGUCUCUUCAGAGGCUCCGGACCUUUUAAUCGGAGCGAAGGCCAGGCGUCCCGCGAGGAUGGGGGAGAGAGAGCUGGACCUUCCCCUCCAGGAUGAUCGCUCUGCACCCAGUGCUGGCAACUGUGACCGGUGAACACGUCUCUUCUCAGGCCUAGAAUCUAUGGGUACAACACGUUACAGUACACUCUGCACGCAACUUGUACGCUUCUGUUAUCCCUUUCUGCAGCAGGCGACUGACGAGUCAAAUG